AUGACGAAGACGGUGCUUGUGAUAGGGGCUGGUGUGUCUGGACUGGCAUCUGUCAAACACUGCCUGGACGAAGGAAUGGAACCGAUAUGCUUCGAAAAGGAUACAGACAUUGGCGGACUGUGGAAUUAUCACGACUGGUCCAAAGAGGGCGACCCAAGCCUCUACAACUCAUGCAGCAUCAACACCAGUAAGGAGAUGACCUGUUAUAGUGACUUCCCGAUUCCUAAGGAGUUCCCAAACUUCAUGGGACACAAACACUUCAAAAAAUACCUCAAUCUUUACGCAGACAAUUUCAGUUUGAGGAAGUACAUAAACUUUAACCAUAGCGUAGAAAACGUUAAAAAAGCAGAAGAUUUUGAAAACACUGGGAGCUGGAUAACGUUAGUCAAGAACUUAAAUACAGGAACGACUCGAAAAGUGAAGACCGACUUCGUUAUCGUCUGUAAUGGACAUCUUCACACACCACACAUGCCAACAUUCGCCGGACUAGACAAGUUCAAGGGCAAGGUCAUACACACCCACGACUACAAAGACUUCCGGGGUUAUGAAGGAAAGCGAAUCCUCGUGGUGGGGAUUGGAAAUUCUGGGUCGGACGUCGCCUGUGAGUUGAGUCGACAUGCCGAACACGUUUACAUGUCAAGUCGUCGCGGAACAUACGUGAUCCAGAGAGCUGCUGACCACGGAGUGCCAUUUGACCAUCUCGCCCUCAACCGGUUUUCCAUGAAACUACCAUGGAGCCUUAUGCGGCCAAUGUUUUUCAAUCGCCUAAAUCGGCGCUACAACCAUGCAAACUACGGUCUCUCGCCUAACAAACGCUUCGACGGAAGCGUCUUGACUAUCAGCGACGAUCUCCCAAACAGGAUCUUACUGGGUACUAUUAACAUCAAGUGUAAUGUGAAGGAGUUCACACCAGAUGGCGCCAUAUUUGAGGACGGUUCAGAUCUAAAGAACAUUGACGUAGUCGUCCUUGCUACCGGAUUUAUCUACGACUUUCCAUUUCUGGAUGAUGGUAUAAUCAGAGUUGACGGUCAUUUCCCGUACCUGUACGAACUUGUGUUCCCUACAAAUCUAAGUCCAUGCACACUUGCUGUUGUAGGUCUGGUUCAACCAUUUGGUGCUCUACCACCAAUAUUAGAAAUGCAGGCCAGAUGUAUUACAAGGGUAUUUGCUGGGAAGUGUGAUCUACCGAGUGCAUCCAAGCGCCUUGAGGUUGUAGAGAAACGCAAAGCGUUCAUCACCCGUAACUUCACCAACUCACCCAGAUACAGUCUUCAGAUAUUUCCCAUCCUUUACAUGGACAGGCUUGCCACGAUGAUCGGCUGUAAACCAAAUUUCUGGAAACAUUUCUUCUCGGAUCUAAGAUUGUGGUACAAGAUCUAUUUUGGUCCAGCUACUCCCGUUCAGUGGCGCUUAAAUGGCCCGGGCGCUUGGAAAGGCGCGAAAGGUGCUAUUGAAAAGGUUCAAGAGCAUACAUACUUCCCGAUGAAAACCAGAAUGUCAGGCGAAGGGGAGAAAGACGGGCUGUACGAAGGCUGGAUUCAGCUUUUCAAGAAAAUUUGUUACAUAAUCCUCAUUCUCCUUUUUGUUAGAUACUUGGUUGUGAAUGGAUUCAUGGCAAGUUUCGUGAAAUCUGUGUAA